AUGUCCGAGAAUACGCUCAGGACGGCGCGGAUUGUGUCUAGCAUUGCCGCGACAUGUAUAUCUCUAGCAUGUGGCACGAAUUACGUCUAUUCGGCAUGGGGCCCUCAGUUCGCCGAACGACUGAAGCUGUCUUCAACACAGCAGAACCUCAUUGGAUUGUCUGGUAAUCUGGGCAUGUACUCGAUGGGAAUCCCAGUGGGAAUGCUGGUCGACUCGAAGGGACCGCGGAUUGCUGUUCUGCUCGGAGCGUUACUACUCGCGGCUGGUUAUUUCCCCCUCCACCAAGCAUACGACUCAGCAUCUGGGUCGCUGCCCUUUUUGUGUUUCUUCUCCUACAUGACCGGACUGGGUGGCUGCUUAGCAUUUGCGGCUUCAGUGAAGACUUCAGCGCUCAACUGGCCUCAGCACAGAGGAACAGCCACGGGUUUCCCGCUAGCGGCUUUUGGCUUGAGUGCGUUUUUCUUCUCCAGCUUUGCCCAGUUUGUUCUCCCGGGUAAUACUGGACAUUUCCUGCUGCUGCUAGCCUGUGGAACCUUUGGCCUUGUUUUUGUACCAUCUUUCUUCCUCAGAGUCCUGCCUCACCCACAUUAUACCGCUCUUGCAACCGGAACAGCAAACCGUUUGCAUAGAACUAAGUCGGAGGACAGUAAAUACCGGGCCGAGAGGGCAUCAGAACCAGAACCAGGUAGGUCAGAAUUCGUAGUCGAGCAUCUCGACCAGAGGAUCGCCCUAAAUCAACCCCAUGUAGGAGCAGAGGCAUCUGCGGAUGAACCAACUUCCGAAGCAGAUGAGACCUCCUCCUUGAUGUCGCGAACCUCCUCCUCCUCAAACCCGGGCGAUGUUGAAGAACCUGAAGAGAGCAUUGUUAAGGAUCAUGCCCAUCGUGUAGAUAUUCGCGGGAUUCGAAUGCUACCCCAUAUGGAAUUCUGGCAACAGUUCCUGCUAAUGGGAAUAUUGACUGGCAUCGGAUUGAUGACUAUCAACAACAUUGGCAACGACGUAACCGCUCUUUGGCGGCAUUAUGAUGAUUCUGUUUCCGACGAUUAUAUUAUGAAACGUCAGGCCAUGCACGUCUCAAUUCUGUCGUUCUGUAGUUUUGCGGGCCGAUUGUUAAGCGGCUUGGGUUCCGACUUUCUUGUCAAAGUCCUUAACGCAUCGCGCCUUUGGUGUCUUACCUUGGCCUCUGUGGUGUUCUUGGUAGCUCAAUUGUCAGCGCUGACAAUUACCACGCCUUACAAUCUCGUCUUUGUAUCUUCAUUAACGGGGCUUGGCUACGGUUUUCUUUUUGGUUGUUUCCCGGCCAUUGUUGCUGAGGCUUUUGGGGUCCAUGGCCUCUCUACGAAUUGGGGGUUUAUGACACUCAGUCCUGUGAUUAGCGGAAACAUCUUCAACAUUUUCUACGGUAUGGUCUUUGACCGUCACAGCAUUCUGAACGACAACGGAGAAAGAACCUGUAAUGAAGGUUUAGAAUGCUAUCGGAGCGCGUACUUGGUCACUGUUGGCGCAUGUGUGCUUGGACUUACAAUCAGCUUGUGGAGUAUUCGAUAUACCCAUUUGGCUCGGAUCGAAGAGGAUCGCUUGAAAGAUCUCGAGGAUCGAGAGGCUUGA